CAACACCACCUCUGCCCAAAAGCCUCGGCAGCUCCUGGACACAGCGGGAGACCAGCGGCCCUUCCUGGAGCUUAAGAUCCGGCCCAGUGAGCCUGGAGCCAGUCGGGCCAGGAGGAGGACCCCCACCUACGCCGAGAGAGUGUCAUGUUGCAGAAAGGCCAGCAGAGGGAGCAGACAGCCUGGAAUUGCAGAAAGCGGGCAGCCCAGAGGUACGGAGGUGCCCGCAGUCUCCAGAACUUGGAGAUGAAGGAGAGCGGGGGUUCUCUGCGGAACAGUGUUUCGGUCGCGUCCCAGGGUACCUUAGUAACCUUGUGAACCGCAUACUCUGCACCCAGAGCCUCAGCCACUGCCCGUCUCUUUUAUGCUCUAUAGACCCUUCACUUCUAAGCCAACUGUGUCCCGUCCUGUUUGCACCAAACCCCAAAUCUGUCCUGACCCCUUCAUGUUCCACUGAAAGAGUGAGGCCAGCAGAUAAACUACAGGAUGGCGGAAUGCUCAGUUAGCACCAACCAAAGUUGACGACGCUACCUCCAAUAUUAUCUUUCUCGGAUGAACUUUUUCGUCGCCCCCCCCCCCAACUCCCAAUACAUUUCUUAGUUUUUUCUGGCUCGGGGGGUGGGGAGUGGGGGAGGGCUCUUCGUGGGCAGCCGAUCCAAGGAUCCAUGCCGGGAUUUAUUGCCCACCACCAGCAGCGUGUUCAGCGGGGGGGGGGGGGAGAGGCAGUAUAGGGUCCCUCAAGGGAGGGGGAGGAUCCUGGGGGUCCUGGGGGUGCAAUAAGCCCGGCACCCCCUCUCUUGCUUUCAGCUACCCCGCCUCAUCCUCCAGAACGGCAAGAGGGAGGGAAGUAGAAGGGAGGUGAGAGGCGAGCGGGAAGAGCGGCGGCGCGCCAGCUGCUUGAGCGAGAAAAAGUUUUUGCAAAAGGGAAAAAAAAAGUUUGCGCUUCUCGCGGGUGGUCCCGGCUCGCGGCCCGGCGGGCUGGGCCGGCGGGAGGGCUGGCGGCCAGGUUAGGGGGGGUGGGGGUGGCACUGAGGCUGCGCUGCCGUGGCCCUGUCCGCCCCCCCUCCCCACCGCACACCCCCCAGCCCAGACUCCAGCCCUGGACCGCGCAUCCCAAGCCCUGCGCCCAGGAGGAGGCAACCGUGGAUCUUCUUUGUCUGUCUCCGCCUCUCCCAUAUAUUAGAAACAUCUCACUUUCAUGAGGUUGGGAUGAAGAGGCUGGAGGGCCGGCUAGCUGGAGGUCUGCGUGGUAGAGAGGGAACUCCAGUGUCCCCACACUCUCCUCUGAGACACCAUGUUCAACUCGAUGACCCCACCGCCAGUCAGUAGCUAUGGCGAGCCCUGCUGUCUCCGGCCCCUCCCCAGUCAGGCCCCCAGCAUGGGGACAGAAGGACUGCCUGGUCUGCCCUUCUGCCACCAGGCCAACCUCAUGUCUGGCCCCUCCAGUUAUGGGCCAGCUAGAGAGACCAACAGCUGCACCGAGGCCCCACUCUUCCCUCCUCCCCGAGGUUCAGUCAAGUUGACCAAGAAGCGGGCACUCUCCAUCUCGCCUCUGUCAGACGCCAGCCUGGAUCUACAGACAGUUAUCCGCACCUCACCCAGCUCCCUUGUGGCCUUCAUCAACUCACGCUGUGCAUCUCCUGGGGGCUCCUAUGGUCACCUCUCCAUCGGCACCAUGAGCCCCUCUCUGGGAUUCCCACCCCAGAUGAAUCACCAAAAAGGGACCUCGCCUUCCUUCGGGGUCCAGCCCUGUGGUCCCCAUGACCCCACUCCAGGUGGGAUGAUGCCGCAUCCUCAGUCCCGGGGACCCCUCCCAGCUUGCCAGCUGAAGUCUGAGCUGGACCUGCUGGUUAGCAAGUGCCCAGAGGAGCCCUUGGAGGGUGAUAUGUCCAGCCCCAACUCCACAGGCACACAGGAUCCCCUGCUGGGGAUGUUGGAUGGGCGGGAGGACCUGGAGAGAGAGGAGAAGCCUGAGCCUGAGUCUGUGUAUGAGACUGACUGCCGCUGGGAUGGCUGUAGCCAGGAAUUUGACUCCCAGGAGCAGCUGGUGCACCACAUCAACAGUGAGCACAUCCAUGGGGAGCGGAAGGAGUUCGUGUGCCAUUGGGGGGGCUGCUCCAGGGAGCUGAGGCCCUUCAAAGCCCAGUACAUGCUGGUGGUGCACAUGCGCAGACACACGGGGGAGAAGCCACACAAGUGCACGUUUGAGGGGUGCCGGAAGUCAUACUCACGCCUCGAAAAUCUGAAGACGCACCUGCGGUCACACACGGGUGAGAAGCCAUACAUGUGUGAGCACGAGGGCUGCAGUAAAGCCUUCAGCAAUGCCAGUGACCGAGCCAAGCACCAGAAUCGGACCCACUCCAAUGAGAAGCCGUAUGUUUGUAAGCUCCCUGGCUGCACCAAACGCUACACAGAUCCCAGCUCACUCCGGAAACACGUCAAGACAGUGCAUGGUCCUGAUGCCCAUGUAACCAAGCGGCACCGAGGAGACGGCCCCCUGCCCAGGGCACCGUCUCUGUCCACAGUGGAGCCCAAGAGGGAGCGGGAUGGAGGCCCCAUCAGGGAGGAGAGCAGACUGACCGUGCCGGAGGGGGCCGUGAAGCCACAGCCCAGCCCUGGGGCCCAGUCGUCCUGCAGCAGCGACCACUCCCCAGCAGGCAGUGCCGCCAACACAGAUAGUGGUGUGGAAAUGACUGGAAAUGCAGGGGGCAGCACUGAGGACCUGUCCAGCUUGGAUGAGGGGCCUUGCAUUGCUGGCACUGGUCUGUCCACUCUUCGACGCCUUGAGAACCUCAGACUGGACCAGCUACAUCAACUUCGGCCGAUGGGGCCCCGGGGCCUCAAACUGCCCAGCCUGACCCAUACUGGCACCCCUGUGUCCCGCCGCCUGGGCCCCCCAGUUUCUCUUGACCGCCGCAGCAGCAGCUCCAGCAGCGUCAGUUCAGCCUAUACCGUCAGCCGCCGCUCCUCCCUGGCCUCCCCUUACCCCCCUGGUUCCCCGCCCGAGAACGGGGCAUCCUCUCUGCCCGGCCUCACCCCUGCCCAGCACUACCUGCUCCGGGCAAGAUAUGCUUCAGCCAGGGGAGGUGGUACCCCACCCACGGCAGCACCCAGCCUGGAUCGGAUGGGGAGCCUUCCUGCACCUCCCUGGAGAAGCCGAGCUGAGUAUCCAGGAUACAACCCCAGCGUAGGGGUCACCCGGAGGGCCAGUGACCCGGCCCGGGCUGUUGACCGUCCUGCCCCAGCCAGAGUCCAGCGGUUCAAGAGCUUGGGUUGUGUCCACACGCCCCCCACCAUGGCAGGGGGAGGACGGAACUUCGAUCCCCAACUCCCAACCGCUGUCUACUCACCACAGCCCCCCAGCAUCACUGAGAAUGUCGCCAUGGAUACCAGAGGACUGCAGGAGGAGCCAGAAGGUGGGACCUCCAUGAUAGGCAGUGGUCUAAACCCCUAUUUGGACUUCCCACCCACUGAUACUUUGGGAUAUGGGGGACCCGAAGGGGCAGCGGCUGAACCUUAUGGAGCUAGGGGUCCAGGCUCCCUGCCUCUUGGGCCUGGUCCACCCACCAAUUAUGGGCCAAACCCCUGUCCCCAGCAGGUGUCCUAUCUUGAACCCCCCCCUGAACCAUGGGGUGAGUUCCCUUCCCACUCCGGGCUGUACCCAGGCCCCAAGGCUCCAGCUGGAGUCUACAGUCAGUGUCCUCGUCUUGAACAUUACGGACAAGUGCAGGUCAAGCCAGAACAGGGGUGUCCAGUGGGUUCUGAUUCCACAGGACUGGCGCCCUGCCUCAAUGCUCACCCCAGUGAUGGGCCUCCUCGUCCACAGCCUCUGUUCUCCCACUACCCCCAGCCUCCCCCUCCCCAAUAUCCCCAGUCAGGUGCCUAUACCCAGCCACCCCCUGAUUAUCUUCCUUCAGAGCCCAGGCCUGGCCUGGAUUUUGAUUCCCCCACUCACUCCACAGGACAACUCAAGGCUCAGCUGGUGUGUAAUUAUGUUCAGUCUCAACAGGAACUGCUCUGGGAGGGUGGGGGCAGGGGAGAUCCCCCAGUCCAGGAAGCUCUCUACCAGAGUCCCAAGUUUCUAGGGGGUUCCCAGGUUAGCCCAAGCCCUGCCAAGGGUCCAAUGGCCACAUAUGGACCUGGCUUUGCACCUAACUUGCCCAAUCACAAGUCGGGCUCCUAUCCCGCCCCUCCAACCUGCCAUGAAAAUUUUGCAGUGGGGGCAAACAAGGCCCCCCAUAGGGCAACAGCACCACCCCGACUUCUGCCCCCACUGCCCACUUGCUAUGGGACCCUCAAGGCAGGGAGCACCAACCCCAGUUGUGGUCAUCCUGAGGUGGGCAGGCUGGGAGGGGGUCCUGCCUUGUAUGCUCCUCCUGAAGGGCAGGUGUGCAACCCUCUGGACUCUCUUGACCUUGACAACACUCAGCUGGACUUUGUGGCUAUUCUGGAUGAGGCCCAGGGGCUGAGUCCUCCCCCUUCCCAUGAUCAGGGGGACAGCUCUGAACACACCCCACCUCCCUCUGGGCCCCCCAACAUGGCUGUGGGCAACAUGAGUAUCUUACUGGGAUCCCUGCCUGGGGAGACACAAUUCCUCAACUCUAGCACCUGAAGAGUGAGGAAUCCCAGGAAUCACAGAUCCAUUUCCUAAGGGGUUUCCAUUCCCUCAGAGAAGUUGGGAUGAGGAGCCAUAGCCCCUUGGGAUGCCCCAGGGAUGGGAGGUAUGGGUGGGGCUGUAUACCUUCUGUAUAUGUUUUGGGGAGGAAUUUGAUAAUGACACUGUUUCUGGAUAAUAAAGGAACUGCAUCAGAAAG